AAUAAUGGGCAAAAUAGCUUAUUUUGGGAAAUGGAAAACAUUUUUGCAUUUUAACGUUUUUUAUAUACUAGCGACGAAAAGUUCGAUGCCCAUAUGAUUUCAAAACUUCUAACAAACAGAUUUCAAAAAUGGAUACAAUUGAUGAACCAUUUCACAUCGAGUCCGAGGAAUUGUUACUUCUUGAAUCCACAUUAAUUCAUACUGAAGAUCAAAUUGAUCCGUCGAAGUUAGAAUCGAAUAGGAACAAUGAAGAUAAUUCAUUUGAAGGAAAUUCUAGUGAAACAACAGUUAUUAAUAGUAGUACCUCAAGAAAUCAUGAUCAACCUCACGUUGGACCACAAAUUUUUAAAUGCGAUACCUGUGACAAAACAUUUCCUUACUAUUAUCGUUUAAAAUGGCACCAAAAUUCACAUUUAGAAGAUAAUCGGGAAUAUAAUUGUCACUUAUGUGGAAAAACAUUUUCACAAUCUGUGGCUCUAAAAGUUCAUCAGAGGGUGCAUACAACUGGUGAAAAGCCAUUUAAGUGUGAUGUUUGUGAGAAAACCUUUACACAAUUGGAAGGCUUACAACGACACUCAAGAAUACAUACUACAGAAUUUAAUUUUAAAUGUGAAACAUGUGGAAAAACGUUUUCAGGAAGUAGAAAUUUACGACAACAUGAAGCAGUACAUGGUCGAACAAAACUAGUGAAUAUUUAUAAGUGUGAUACCUGUGAAAAAACAUUUACAAAAUCGGAACGAUUAAAACGACACCAACUUUUACAUAGUGGUGAGCGACCAUACAAGUGUGAAAUAUGUGGAAAAGCUUUUACCCAAAUGGUUACAAUGAAAACACAUCAACUGGUACAUACACAAGAAAAGCCACAUGAAUGUAAUAUCUGUGGUAAGGCAUUUUCACAAUCGGGUACUCUAAAAAGACAUAAUAAAAUACAUACUGGAGAAAAAACAAAUAAAUGCAAAUUAUGUAAUAAAUCAUUUUCAAGUCCAGAAAUUUUAAAACAACAUAUGGUUUUCCAUACACGGCAUGAAAAUGAAAAGCCAAAAUCUUAUGAGUGUGAUAAGUGUGGGAAAAUUCUCUCACGAUUUACUUAUUUGAAGCGGCAUCAAAUUUUACAACAUUUACAAGCAAGGCUGUAUAAUUGCAUCUUUUGUGGAGAAAAAUUUCCGAAUAAAAAGGUGUUAAUUGAGCAUAAAAAAUCAGAACACACGGGGGAUAAACCGUACUCUUGUGUAUUUUGUAAUGAACGAUUUUCGUUAAAUGAAGAUUUGAAAACACAUCGAAUUAUUCAUACGGGAAUUGAAAAAUUUAAUUGUGAUUUUUGUGAUCAAUCAUUUACUGAUAAAUCAACGUUUAAACAACAUCGUCGGACGCACAACAGGGAAAAACGGUACAAAUGUAAUGUAUGUGAUAGAAAAUUUACUCGGUCAAACGAUGUUAAAAGACAUCAGCGAUUAGUACACGCGAAUGAAAAAUAUUACACGUGCAAUUUUUGUGAACAAAAUUUUAUCGACAAAACUAUGUUAAAAGAACAUAAACGUACACAUGCUGGAACACACAAGCCAUACGUUUGCACAAUUUGCGAUAAAACAUUUUCACAAUCAGAAAAUUUAAAAAUACAUAAACGUUUACAUAAGGGACUGGAAUGUUUUGAAUGUAAUUAUUGUGAGAAAUUGUUUACUGAUGAAAGUCUUUUAAAAAAUCAUGAAAUGAUUCAUAUUGGGGAAAAUUCGUUUAAAUGUAAUGUUUGUGAACAAACGUUUACACAAUCGGGUAGUUUUAAAUUUCAUCAACGAUUACACGAAAUACAAUUUUCGUUGUAAUAUAUUAUUAA